CGUCUUCCUCCCGAAGUGCUCCGGGAGAUAUUCGUAACGACUUGCACCGUCAAGCUAAAUGAAUAUAUAUCUAAAUACUAUGGAGGCGAGGGCUUUACGACCAUCUGGGACCCAAUUUGAAUUGACAAGGGCAGAGCAGUCACUCUCAUGCUUGUCUGCCAUCAUUGGAAAGAGAUCGCCUUGGGGGUCCAGGAGCUCUGGAAUGGCAUUGAAACAUAUUGGGAACGUGAAGAUCGUAUCUUGCUAAAGAGAUCCGGCCGAGGCCCGCUCAAGGUGCUGGCUUUUGACGAAUUGGAACCCUCUUGUGCUGUUGCGCAUGCUCUCAAAAAUGUGGAGCAUUCAUCCCGAAUCCAAGAGUUGUGCUGGAUAGGGCUCCCAGAGAAUGAGGAAGAAUAUCUUCAAAAAUAUCUUCAAAUGCCCGCGCCCUCGCUGAGGUCUCUUGCGUUGCAAGUUGACUGGAGUGCUACGCCAGAUGGAUCAUUCAAACUCUUCGACAACCACACCCCAUGUCUGGAACGCCUGUCACUGUCAUAUGUGAAUUGGCUGCCCAGCAAUGCAUUCAUCAAACUGACAUUCUUGGCUCUCGACCUCGAAGAUUGCAUGGUACCUGAAGCUCUCAUCAAAUUACGCAGCUUGCUUGCUGGAACACCGAACCUAGUCGAUCUCAUCCUACGAUAUGUGGCUGAUGAUCACUACAAGCAUGUCCGAAUAAAAACAGAGGCUGCGGACAUGAAGCUUGUGUCGCUCACUCGAUUGCGUCGAUUACUGAUCGAGGGUAUGUGGACCGACGAUAUCGACUUUGUCUUCCGGGACGCUCGCCUCAACGAAGACCUGUCCGUCUCGAUCAAACAUAUGAAUUGGCGGGGUGAUUCGCAGCGACUUUUAGAAGUGGUAUCCACUUGGUCGUUGAAUGCCUUGAAGGAACCCAAAGAACUACAUUUCCAGCAGGAUGUCGCCAUCGUCGCCGGAGCCUCUUCUGGUCUCCGUUUCCAGGUCAAGAGCGGCAUGACUCUGGAAGAUUGGGCUGCAUUCAACUGGCCACAGAUUCUUCCCCUUUCCAGCAUCUCGCACUUGUGCAUGUUCGAGUUGGACGCAUACGAGGAGCCCGGUCUUGAACCUGUCCACAACUUUCUUAGGGAGAUGACUGCACUUGAAACACUGUCCGUCGACAUUGAUGGCCUGACGGAGAUCGUCGAUGCAUUCACACUCUUCCGAGACCCGAUCGACCUGCCUCUCUGUCCCACACUGACCACGCUACGUAUCGCCAUCCAGAAAGAUAGCGAUUGUGACAUCUUCCUGGACUCGAUCCUCCCACAUCGCGCGCAGCUUGGCAUCAAGCACCUUUAUAUUGGGCUGACCAAUCCUCAGCUCAGAGAACACUGGAGACCUCGUCAAGCUGUGAAGGACCAAUUGCGUGGCAACUUCGAGUCGGUGAAUUUGUGUUGUGUGGACGAGAGAUGACGUGAAUUGCGGUGAAACCAAACUUAUACCGGUGCUUACAGAGAGCGGGCA